UGAUACCACUACACCAGAUGCGCUUUUGUCUAGCUGAGAUGUAAACAAUAAUUUGUUAUUUCAGAUAAGCGUAUGUCGUUGUGUUCGAGUGUUAUUUGUUUUGUCAUCUUCCAGAGUCGAUAAGUCCUUUUUGCUAGACCAUUUGCAAAAUCAGUGAGGUUUUUAUUCAUUUAAAAUAAAAAGUCAAACCAAAUCAGCACUAAAACGGAACCAGAAAUUUUAGCUAUAUACAACUACAUUACAAAGACGAUCGACGAACCAGAGAAGUAGCUUUUCAGCUGAGUAAAUAUCUUGAGGAUAAAACAUUAGUUGUAACAUUGAGAAAACCAGAGUUUUGGCGAGGAUGUUUCAUGAUGAGGGGCAUUAUAUCAUUUGCUGUCUCAGAUGGUAAUUAAAUAAUUUUAUUGAUAGAACUAUAAAACAAAUUAGGGUUUAAGCUUGUAAUAUCAUUCUCAUUAUAAUUUAUACAGGUGUGUUGUGGGCCGUGUGGUGAUUAACUAGUCCUAUUUUUAUCACUACGAUGUCUAUGUGUUUAAGAAAAUAAACAAACUCAAAAGAUUUUUUAAAAGACAGGCCAUAUUAUGUUUUUUUUUUGUAAACUAGGAUAUAUUAUGCUAUUACGAUUAUAAUGUAGAUUACAUAUGCAUAACUUUACAAACGACAAUUCUACAUGAAGAUUCUCACCUCGGACAAUUUUUCUUGGCCAAAACUGAGAUAUUCGCUUUCCUUGUUUGAUACAAACUGGGCCGUUAAAAUUACCGUUUCUUUGUUUUCGUUAACCGAAAACGGUAAGUUGUUGAUGGGGAGAUCAAACACAAAUAGACGGUUUGGACGCAUUUUAAGCAUUAAGCUCAUGUAAAUGGCGAAUCAUAACUAGGAUGCCAACAAAUAAGAGACGCUAACUAAUUUCUUGUUUGGGAUUAAUAACGGCCUGUUUUUUUUUGUAAAAAGAAAACUAUAAAUUGAUAUGUCCAUGUUUACUUCCUUUUCAGGAUUUAGAAUAAUCACUAUAUUUUUCAGAAAAAUUAAUAUUCUCAAUUCACUAUGAUCAAGAGAGGGUAUCCAUCAAUGGCGGCGACAAUAUACGGCGUCAGGAGCUUUUUCUUGUUGGCGGCCAUUGUGAUAUUGUUGUCCGGUCGUUCUGGAGGCGCCACCGCAGCCACCAGAGGUUACAUUAAGUACAAAGAUCCAAAAGCUGCGGUUGAGGAGAGAGUAGAGGAUUUGCUAACACGAAUGACAUUACCUGAGAAACUUGGUCAAAUGUGUCAAGUUGAUCGGUUCAACUUCUCAUUUUAUCCCCCGGCCACGCGCCACGAAAUCUUCACAAAGUACCUGAUCGGAAGCGUUUUGAGCAAUCCGUAUGAUACCGGGGCAAAUCCAUCAAAGCGGGUCGUCGAAGCGAACACCAUGCAGAAAUUGAGUCUUUCGACGAGGCUUGGAAUCCCUUUGCUUUACGCCAUUGAUGCGGUUCAUGGCCACAACACUUUUAUCAAUGCCACCAUCUUCCCUCACAACGUCGGUCUUGGUGCCACUAGGGAUCCUGAUCUUGUCAAAAAGAUUGGAGCUAUAACUGCGCUUGAAGUAAGAGCUACAGGAAUCGCGCAAGCAUUUGCGCCUUGUGUUGCGGUUUGCAGAGAUCCUAGAUGGGGAAGGUGUUAUGAGAGCUAUAGUGAAGAUCCCAAAGUGGUGACUAUGAUGACCGAAAGUAUCAUGGAGGGAUUACAAGGAAAUGCUCCUUACGUCGCUGACUUCAAGACUAAACUGGCUGGUUGCGCCAAACAUUUUGUUGGGGAUGGAGGAACGGUUGGUGGAAUCAAUGAGAAUAACACUGUGGCUGAUAACGCUACUCUCUUUGGUAUCCAUAUGCCUCCUUUUGAGAUAGCCGUAAAGAAAGGGAUCGCAUCAAUCAUGGCUUCUUAUUCUAGUCUCAACGGUGUUAAGAUGCAUGCAAACCGGGCAAUGAUCACUGAUUACCUCAAGAACACCCUCAAAUUCCAAGGCUUUGUUAUCUCUGACUGGCUUGGAAUAGAUAGGAUCACAACUCCACCCAGAGCAAAUUACACAUACUCUAUCGAAGCUUCCAUUAAUGCCGGCAUUGACAUGGUUAUGGUUCCAUUUCAAUAUAUAGAGUUCUUGGAAGGAUUGACUAAACUAGUGAACGGUGGAUACAUUCCUAUGAGCCGUAUCGAUGAUGCUGUUCGAAGAGUCUUGAGAGUUAAAUUCUCCAUUGGUCUCUUUGAGAACCCAUUGGCAGAGGAAACUCUUGUCGCCGAGUUUGGAUCUGAGGCGCAUAGAGAAGUAGCGAGAGAGGCGGUGAGGAAAUCAAUGGUGCUUCUAAAGAACGGGAAGACAAACGUAGAUAAAGUUAUUCCUCUCCAGAGAAAUGUGAAAAAGAUCGUUGUUGCUGGAGCACACGCUAACAACAUGGGUUGGCAAUGUGGUGGCUUUACUCUCACUUGGCAAGGAUUCAAUGGAACCGGAGAAAACAUUGGCCGUAACAAAGCCAUGCAACUCCCUACCGGUAAAACCAGAGGAACUACUAUCUUGGAAGCCAUUAUGAAGACUGUCGAUCACACUACUGAAGUUGUCUACGUGGAGGAACCAAACCAAGAUACGUCGAAGCUUCACGCUGACGCAGCAUACACAAUUGUGGUCGUAGGUGAAGCUCCUUACGCAGAGACACAAGGGGACAGCACCACGCUAAGCAUUGCCGCACCAGGUCCAGACACGAUUAGGCAUACGUGUGGUAGUGGUAUGAAAUGCAUAGUGGUCCUAGUCACAGGACGUCCUCUGGUGAUCGAGUCGUACCUUGACACCAUCGACGCUCUUGUAGUCGCUUGGCUUCCAGGAACGGAAGGACAAGGAAUCACUGAUGUCUUGUUUGGUGAUCAUCCCUUCACUGGAACGUUGCCUCGCACGUGGAUGAAGAGUGUGACUCAGCUUCCUAUGAACGUUGGCGACAAGAACUACGACCCGCUCUUCCCCUUCGGAUACGGAAUCAAAACUUAAAUCAAGAUUCAAGCCAAACUUUUAUCAUGUUUGUAACUUAUGUGAAAAUGUUCAAUGUGACGCUUUUGAUGCUUUGUCUCCGAUCUGCCUGGCUAUGAAACCUCGUUUGUUUUUUUGUCUGCUAAUAUGAAUAUGGAAAGACGUUGUCUUCAUGAUUUGAUUGAUAAUCAAUCAAUUUAUGUUGAUUAGAUAAAAUUUCCAAGUCACAAGUUUUUUUGGGCAACGCUGUUCAUGAAAUUGAAAGCCAUUCAAGGGAAUCAUCCAAAAGUGUGAUUAGGUCAACGUUUGUCUAUCCUCAUGCUCACCGAAAUACAUAUUCAUUUCAAUGUACUUUGAAACCCUAAAUAAUUUAACUCAUACUGGUGUGAUUAUGAAUCUGAAAUCAAUCCUGUUUAUAUUGAGAAAAUAGAUAUAGCAUUCUAGAGAAAACUGUAUAUGAAGGAUGAGCAUUUUUUUUGCUACUUUGCCAAUCCCCUAAUCUCCCUUUUUUUUCUGUUUAUUUAUAUAUAUAUAUAUAUAUUUUUUAGAACAUCCCUAAUCUCCCUUUAUCGAUGACAUAGCGUAAAGCAUCCCUUCCAAUAAUAAUCGAACUAGUGGCACAAUAAAACCUAGCAUCCCUUCCAAUAAGAAUCAAACUAGGGGCACAAUAAAACCUACUCCAAACACUAAACUACUAGUACAACGUACAUUCGUUCGCUACUUUGUUUUUAGGAGAGACAAAAUACUAAAAACUAUGAGACUAAAAUGAUGUGUGUACGAGUGCUCAUAGUAUAAGAAAGUUUAUUCAUCUAAGUCUUAUUAUAAUCUCUUUGUUAAUGUGGUCGACACUAGACUGAGAUUAUGUACCGACUCAAAGGUUUGACCUAGGCGAAUAUUCCUACGGAAUAACAUGCAUGAUGUUAACAAAUUCAUUUGUCUUUUCAGAGUUUUCUUUUUCAACUUUUCUUUCGCAUAUUAUCCACUUUUAGAUUAGAUCAAAUAUCCUUUUUAAUUUAUCUUUUGUGGUUUUUCUCUAUCAGUACAUUUAACUGAUCCACAUAUAAAAGUUACUCUUUCUUUCUUUAUCCCCACGGCUUGUUCGUUAGGUUAAGGCCUACGGGUUUAAACUUGAUCAUUGCCGUCUCAUACCUGUAUCGAAAAAUAUGACAAAAAUAUAAACUACAGGUUGGGACUGUGAAGAGAGAACAUGUUCUCCAUAUUCCCUCUUGGUAUUGCCUUGUCUCUCUUUUUGGUUCAAAGCUGAUAUGCGUUUAUUUAUUUUUUUCAUUUUUAAAACUGUUGUCAUAUUUUUUUUUUAAAAUUAUAACGAGAAUAAAAAAUAAAGAAGGAAAAAAAAUUAAAGUUGAAAGUUAAAAAUAAAUAAAGUAAUUUGAAAAAGGAGAAGAAUGAGCUGGCCACUACUCGUAAAGUGUAGCUUCACUGGCUGUUACAUCAUUUAUUUACGACUUUGAGAUGAUUUGGUUUAUUGUAAAACAUCAAAACUUCAUAAAGUUAAACGUAGUAGCUUUUAGAAAUUUACAUCAAAUAAAA